AUGAUCACAUUUUCGUCAGGUCAAAUUUAUUCUCCUCCAUCGUUGAUAAUACCACCUCAAAUAAAUCUACUUCGCUUAUCGACGUUUCAUCAAGAUGUUCACAUCGAAGAAACAGAUAUCUAUUACAACGACAGUGUUCGACUCUACAUUGUAUAUGAAGGUUGUACACUAAGUCACUUACAACAAGAACAUGAAUUAAAACUUGUCUACAGUAUUGAAGGUUACGGUAGUUUACUUCCGCCAACUGGUAUUCGUGUGCUAUUCACAAUGUUAGACUCAAGUUCAAAUAAAACAUCAAUCUUAUUAUCAAUUCAACAACUGAUGAAAUUUAUGAACGAACCUCGUCCGCCACUGUUAGCUGAAUUAGUCGAAGAUGCUAUUCAACAAUCAACAAAUCCAAACAAAUUUUUGGUGUCCACAAAUUUAAUUGAACUUUACAGUAUGUUAAUACAAAAUCCAACGUCAAUUUUAAUUGAGUUGUCUUAUGCCUACAUUCAACUUAAAUCAAUACCAGAUGUAACAGAAGAAAUACUACUAAAGUUUAACUUACUGAUCGAACAAUAUCGACUUUCAUUAGAAAAAUCCGAUAAUCGAUCGAUAUCAACUCUUUACUCCUUGAUUUAUGGUUUAACAAAUAUAUUUGCUCAAAAUCCAAACCAAUUACCGCCUAUGAUAUUAAUGGAUUUAAUUGAACAAUAUGCUGUUGAUUACGAGAACAUUGAUAAAUAUCCUGAAAUUAGUUGGUUAAGCAUGGUAUAUGUCAAAUCACCACAAGAUCUCAAACUACAAAAAUUGAUUAUAGAAUAUUUUAAAGUGAGAAAUAGCAAAAUAUUGAAUCCGCAAUUAUUACAAGAUAUUCAAGGAAAAAUUAGAACUUUUUUAAAUAUAUCUCCAAUAACCAGUAUUUCAUCAGAAAAUCCAUCAGCAACAAUAUCAAGUGUGUGUAGUCAACCACAAUUCAAUUAUUGCCUAAAAUUGAAUCAAAUCCUAUCUACGGCACUUGAUUAUUCUCAAUUGCCUACACCAUUGAUCCUUACUAUUAAACAUUUACAAUCAGCUGAGAUAAAUGCUCAAAGAUUAAUCACCAUCCAACAGGAGAUUGAAAAACAACCAUCACUGCGACAACCACCACUACUGCUUGAAUUAAUUUCAAACUAUUUAUCAAAUUUAAAGGAACCAUCGUUGUCACAAACUGAUGCCAGUUCGCUGAUAUUGCUUCAGCUGUAUUUCCAAUCAGUUACGCGCCCAUCACCACUUUUGAUUGAAUUAGUUUUACAAUAUUUGACGUUAACACAAGCGUUUUCGAAUCUAUCAACUAAUAUUAGAAAUGAUUUUUAUUCUCUCGUAUCUGAAUAUAACUCAUCAGUUCACAAAGCUAACUAUCAAUCACAUUCAAUUGUACUGGGAUUUAUUCAUAGUUUAUCAACAAGUAUCGAUAACAUAUUACAUGAGGAAGAUCUACCCUCACUAUUAUUCAAAUUAGUUCGACAAUAUUCAAUACAAAAUUAUCAAAAUUCAUUGACAAAUUAUAAUCAACAAUAUCCUGAAUUUCAUGGACUGAUUAAUUUCUAUUUAAAUUUAUUGUCACUGGAUUCAUCCAUACCUGCUCAACUCAUACAACUAAUUGAUGAAUACGUUGAUGAUGCUCAAAAACAUGGUCAAAGUGGAUAUUUGACGCCAGCGUUACGUGAUCAAAUUAAUCAAUAUUUAUCUACAAUGACAACAAAUAUCUCGACACGCUUGUCUUCCACAGUCGUUAAUCUAAAAGAUCUGUAUUUCAAAAGUAAUUGUUAUUGUUCAUCAGUAAUGAAGCCAAUUGUUGUAAAUCGUACACUCUGUCGACAAAUGAUUGAAUAUCCAGGCUCGAUCGAUGAUUUUGAUAGUGAAUACAUGUACGGUAGCCAAGAGAAAAUUGCCAUAUUUAAAAUUAAUUACACGUAUACGACAACAAUGAUGAUCCCAUACACUGAUCCAAGAUUAUUAAGUGAUUGGGAAGGUUCGUUUAUUUUGACUGAAGGUAAUAGUUUGUAUAAACGAUGUAUUGUUCAUGGACAUCCGAGACCAAUUGUUUACAUCGCAUUCUAUAGUUUACAAGGGAAAAAAUAUGUUCAAGGUGCCGAUGUAAAUAUUACCUAUGCAAUAGUUGAGGACAGUGGUUUGUACGUUUGUACAGGAUUCAAUUAUUUUAAAACGAGUAAUUGGACAUUUCGAUUGAAUGUAGAAAGUAAACCACGUAUCCGAGUGAGUUUUCCCACGUAUGUAUACGCUCAAAUUGGAUCUAAAUUAGCCAUUCAUUGUCAAGUAUAUUCAAAUCCGGCACCAUUUACCUACUGGUUACAUAAAAAUCGUUUUCAUGAGUUUAUACCCGUAUCAAAGCGAACAUUAUUAGAAAUUAGUCAUGUAGUUAACAAAUCCAUUGAUUUAUUAGGUCCACCUUACCAUAAAUUACCUCACUCUUUUUUCGAUCAUCCACUGUAUUUAUAUCAAGGUUUAAGUUGGUCAACAUCGUGUCAAAUUGAUGGAUAUCCAUAUCCUAGUUACGAGUGGUACUUUAAACCUGCUGAUCAUUUUACAAGACAUUACCAACUUUUAGUAUCACAGAAACUAUUACAACUUGUCAAUCCUCAAUUAGCUCAUUCUGGAACCUAUGUGUGUGUUGGACGAAAUAUAUUUGGCCGUGCUUAUAUUAAACUAAGAAUAUUUGUCAAUCAAGGACAACAAAGUAAAGUUGAUCAAAAUAAUCGAAAAAGCUAG